GGACUCAGAAUGGCAGACUACGGGAGCACCAAGGUUAUCCAGGUAACCAACAUCGCGCCGCAGGCCACCAGGGAUCAGAUGCACACCCUUUUCCACAAUCUCGGGAAGAUCGAGGACCUUCGUCUCUAUCCCUCCAUCAGAGAUGCGUCAGUACAAAUCCAGUCUCGUUGUAGUUUCAUCAAAUUUAUGGAGGCGGAGAGCCUACCACUUGCUCUGCAUAUGACGAACACAGUCUUUAUCGACCGUGCCAUCAUUGUUCAACCGUUUGUGAACGGUGAUUUGCCUGAUGAAUGGUCUGGGCUAGAGUUCGCGAACUCCUCUCAGAACAAAGGAGAACCGGCGCUGCCCUCGCAUGUAACUAAUGUCACAGAGGGAGAUAAACUUAAAACAGUUGAUCCGAACUUGGCAGAUUCCGGUUUACCGGAUUUUCCGGAUUUACCUGCCGGAAUUGAUGCCAAGGUGAUUGAGGAAAUCCGCCGAACCAUUACAGUGAUCGGAAUAGACCCAACUUUAUCAGCCCAAGCUGUCAUUGAAUACUUUGGUAAGGGUGCUGGUGAGGUGAAAUAUUUCCGAUGGUGCACAAAAGAGGGAGAUGAUCGGAAAAUGGCUCUCAUUGAGUUCACGGACUAUGGCGCAGUGAUCCCUGCCAUGCGUUUAAAUGAUACUGUGGUGGGUGAAUCCAUGAUUAAAGUUUUCUAUGCGACUCAAGCCAUUAAUAAACCACAAACUAAAAGUAACGAAGCUGCUUUACGUGAGAUAGAGGAGGCAAUGAAGAAGGUCAAAGAAGCUCAGAACCUUGUCAGCGACGCUGUUAACCCUCUAAAGGAGUGGUUGGGAGUAAAGGGAGGCCGGAUGACAAGAUCUCGGACCAGAUCUCCGUACAGAAGACGCUCCAGGUCUAGGUCCAGAGAUAGGUACAGCAGUAGAAGACGGUCUAGAUCUAGGAGAAGGCGUUCUCGGUCAAGGUCGUCGAGGCGGAAAAGGUCAAGAUCUAGGAAGCGUUCCAGAUCAAGGAAAAGAUCUAGGUCUAGAGAUAAGAAGAGAUCGGACGAUAAAGACAAGAAGAAGGAAGGAAGCGAGACCAAGGUGAAAUCAGAUCCUGACAAAGAGGAGAACAGAGAGAAUGGAGUCAAGGAUGAGAAACCUGUACCUACAGAGAAUGGGAAAGUUAAAGAAGAGAAAAGAUCAAGAUCCCGGAGUAAGACUAAAGAAAAGAAACGCUCCAGGUCCAGGGAAAGAAAACGAUCCCGGUCCAGAAGGAGAUCUAGGUCUCGCUCUAAGAAAAGAUCGUCCCGACGAUCACGGUCCAGAGAUCGUAGAUCUCGGUCCAGAGACCGAAAGAAAAGAUCCAGAUCUCGUCGCAGGAGCCGAAGUAAGUCCAGGGAUCGUAGAAAGAAGUCCAGAUCUAGGUCCAGGGAUAACAGGAGUAAAAAGAGCAAGAAAAGUAGACGAGGAAGUGAGGAGAAGGAUGGUAAGAAGGACAAGAUCACGAGGGACUACGACGCCGAGGAGGCUGGGUUCGAGAGCAAGGGUAUAAAGGAGGAGAAGACUGGACCUGUGGACAUGGAGAUUUCGAAUUCUCCUUAGUUCUCUUUAAUUUCUAAAUAAUAAAGUAAUCGUUUUAUUUUGUGAUGUUCAGAUACACGGAGCAGAGUUCUGAGAGGGAUGGAACCCCUAGCUUGAGGAGAAACUAUGAAAUCUAAUCUAUAAGUGAUCUUUUAAUUCUUUUGCUUACAGUGUCUGUUCUUUGGGACGAGAGCAAGGAUCCUGGAACUCUAAUCGUGAUUAUUAUCCGGAUGUAAAUAUUGGUGGGUUUAAUUAUCCAUGGACUUGUUUUCUUUUUACCAUUUCAAACCAUCUUUGAUCAUGAGAGAAGCUUUUUGCUUUCAGUUUCUGGUUGACGGAGAAAGUACUGUAUCAAGAGAUUUUCGGGAGUUUUUCUUUAUUUUCAGGACCUUUGAUACCACUGACUCCUCCGGUUUAGGAUUUCAUUCUCAAGCUUGAUCACUUAAGGGUAUAUUUCUUAAUACGUGUUGAAAACUGUUUUCUUGAAAAUUAAUAAAAAUCUAGCACACUUUUC